UUUGACCAAUUACAUAUUGUAAAAUGCAUGCCAGUUUAUAUGGUAUUUCCUAAUAAUAUGCUACUCUUUCUGUGGCUUUUUAUCUGGGCAGGUAUAUAUAACACCACAAAAUUAGAUUUAACUUGUUCUCUGUAUCAAAUUAUUUUCAAGUGAUAAGUUAUUAAGGAGAUUGUGAAUUUUGCUUUCAAAAUUUAGAGCUAAUGUUAAUGUUUGGGCUGAAUCAUUUUUUCUCAGACAUUGAAGCUUCACUGAUUUUACUUAAAUUUACAUAGGACAGGGAAAACUUUAAACAGUCUUUGAUGGUUUUUCUUUCUGCAGACUUUUUACAUUUAAAUACAAAUGUGUAUGAAAUCAGUGGGACUGUGGGUUUCAUGUCCUUAGGUUUAUGUGCCAUCGGUUUCACAGGGAGUUUGCCAGAAAGAGGAAGGAUGGUCUUUUUCUAUUACUAGUUGUUUAUUCUUCCAUCUCUUCUUCCUAGGUGUCUGGUGAAUCAGGCAUGGAAACUCGUUAGAAUAAGUGUUUGAACACAGCACAUGUAUGCAGUCUGCCAGUAUGUUUCUGAAAAAAAUUUUAAGAAGUCCUGCCCUUCCAUUUGCUGCACAAUGUGGCAUGAAAAAGGAUUUGCUUCCACUCAGUAGAGCUCUGAGUUUAUCAGUUUGCCUGAAGCAGGACAAUUCAUGCAAUCACAAAGAAAAAAUAGAUUUAGAUGCAUGGAAGACAGUAAUGAAGUCUGGGUUGCCAGAAGUCAUCGGUGAGACAGUCUCUGAGCAUAAGGAGCUUUCCACUUUGGCUGCUGCACGUAAAACUGUGGAGAUGUGGAGACUAGCUGGCAGAUUGGUUCCAGAAAAUAUCACCGAAGAACAGCUAAAAACCUUUAUAGAAUGUCCUUCCAAGUCAGCCCAGAAGAAGUAUUUAAAAUUUUUACAUCUCAAAGAACUUUACAAGAAAAACAACAAAAGAAAGAUGGAUGAGAAAAGGGAAAGGAGGCUGGAAACAAAAGAGCAAGGUUCAGAACCUGAUGAGGCCAGAAGGAAUUCAUUCAUAUGUUUGUGGGCCAGCUGUAUGGAUAGAGCAUACAGUUGGAGGACUGCUCAGUCUAUGAUCUUUGGCCAGCCUCUAGUGUUUGACAUGUCUUAUGAAAAAGAUAUGUCUGCCCGAGAAGUGGCAAAUGCAGUAAGACAGAUGGUAUUCAGCGAAGGCUGCAAUCGAAGAUCUGCGGAUCCGUUCCACAUCCAUUUCUGUAACUUCAAAGAAGACAGCCUCUAUCAUAGGGAAUUUAUUAAGCAUUAUAAAGAGGCAUGGGGCAAAUUGCUUAUCACUGUGACAGACCAGUGCUACACAGAAGUAUUUCCAAAAGAUAAGCUUAUCUAUCUGACUGCUGAUUCUCCCAAAGUUAUGAAAACAUUCGAUCAUGAUAAAAUCUAUAUCGUUGGGUCAAUAGUUGACAAGAGCAUAAAAACAGGAGUCUCUUUAGCACGGGCAAAGCGACUGGGGCUGGAGACUGCGGCCCUUCCACUGGAGAAGUACUUGCUUUGGAAUAUUGGUGCCAAAAAUCUCACACUAGAUCAGAUGAUGCAUAUUUUAUUAACCUUGAAAGAUACUGGAGACUGGAAGAAGGCUCUGGAAUUUGUUCCAAAAAGGAAAUACUGUGGCUUUGUAAGCAAGCCUAUACAUGAACUGAAAAAAACCUUAAGCCUGGUCAACACACUUAAACUUGGAAGGAGACAUGAAGAAUUACAAAAGCAAUUUGUCAAGAACUACUCUGAGAAGCUAACACGAAAGUAGAGUGGUGGGAACAAGAAUGAUUUUUUUAAUGCUCUGGCUUCUUGGGACUCCUGCAGCUAUGUUCAGCUUUUUAUCUCCAACCUGUCUUUGUUGGUUAAAUUUGAAAGUACUGUUGUUAGGGAUUUUUUUUUUUUUCAAUUACCUUAGUAUUCCAGCUGUUUACAAUUAUUCACACAUUAUUGAAAUUAUGUAUGAGAAAUGAGAUAAUCUGUUCUAAAAUAUUACUCUGUACAACAAAUAUCCAUCUGUUCAGUUGAACCAUGCUGGGACAAGGGGAAUUGCCACUGAAUACAAAGGUUGUUCUUCAGAGAACACCUCAGUGCUUUGGGUUUGCAAUGGGUGGACGCCAUCCACACUUUUGUUCUGAAAGGUGAGCCAUGUUGAAAUAAAAGCUACUUCCUUGUCA